AGCGCUUUUCUCCUCUCUGAUUGAAUUAACUUAAUGCUCUUGUGUCGUUCGGUGACGUUUCUGCGAAUGUAGGUCCGGUUAACAGUUUUCAGAUUAGGAUUUCGUGGAAUAUGAGCGACUUUGUUGAAAGCGAUGAAGAUUCCCAUGACUCCCAGGAAACGAAUUGCUCAGGGCAAGAUGCAGCAGGGGUAUAUUCGGAAUUGAAUGCCGAUGCAGAUGAGGAACCAGUAGACAGCACGUUUGAUUUAACCCUUCCUACUUCUCAUUCGUAUUUAGGUAAUGAUUUAGAAGAUCUACGGGGACGGACUAUCUUGGAUAAUGGAGUUAACGUUUUACCUCUGCUGUUACAACAUUCGGUAGUUUUAUUCCCUGGACAAACUUUACCGAUGACUGUGUCCGAUGUCGAAACUUUCAACAUGCUACAAAAGUGUAUUCUAGGCAAUCGAACUUUUGGAGUUUGCUGCUUACGUAUGAACGAACCUGUAUCAAUUGGUACAACUGCGGAAAUAUACCAAUAUACGAUAGCAAGUGAGGCUCAAAGAUUUCAAAUUAAAGCGAAAGGCAGACAGCGUUUUAAAAUUCUGAAAGUUAAUUCGCAGGGAGGUAGUAAAACGGCAUACGUGAAAAUAUUACCAGAAGAAACACUUGGACCAGCAAAUUUUGACGAACGUUUAGUAUCAUUAGACCACUUACGAGUAGAUCCAACAAAUGAAAAAGAAGCCAAACUAAGAAAUAAAUUAGAAAGAACCGAAGCAGCCAUGACUCCUUUCCCUGCCUGGGUAUAUAGACAAUAUGAUGCCAAGAGGCUCUCUACAAAAAUUAGGAGAUAUCUUCACUUCAUUCAGAAAAGGGGUAUCAAUAUACCAUCGGAUCCCAUGGAAUUAUCCUUCUGGGUUGCCCAAAAUCUUGUACUCGAUGAUAACGAAAAGCUUGCGCUAUUGAGCUAUAACAGUGCAAUACCUAGACUGCAAAAAGAGAUAAAGUAUUUGAUUAACGAUAAAGUACUCGUAUGCUCUCAUUGCAAUCGCUUCAUUGGAAAACGUACUGACAUGUUCCCCAUGAGUAAAGAAGGGACACAGAAUACCUAUUGCAACCCCGUUGGACGUAUUUUUGAUACUGUUACAUUAUACACAGCAGAGGGCCUGAAUUUUGAUGGGUAUCCUCCUUCAACAGAGUUCAGUUGGUUCCCAGGAUAUGCCUGGAUCGUGGUUAAUUGUCAGGGCUGCAAUAUACAUAUGGGAUGGCGUUUUACCGCAGUGGAGGAAGAUCUGAAACCUGCAGCAUUCUACGGUUUGGUGCGUAAGGCACUAUGUUUCAAAAAGUUGAAUAAGGAUAAGAAUUAUAAUGGUAAUAACGGCGAGGACUUCCAACCCUCCUCAGAGUUCUAAUUCUCACAUUAAACAGAUUUGCAUUUUUGCAUACUUUCGUAUGUAAGACAGUAAUAUCACAUUAUCGGUGGAACAUAGAUGUAGAAAGGGUAUGAUAUUUCCUAAUCUAUUCCCAACGACUGUAUAUGAAUAACCCGAUCGAUGAGUUGUCACAUCGAGCAUUUAGCCAAUGCUCUACGAAUGAUUAUAGAAGUAUUUCUAUGAGAAAAUUGAUAGAAUCUUUCAUCGCUUUAAGUGUUGCCCUAGAGUGAACCGAACAGGUAUUUCAAAGUAGAAAGUGAUACGUCAUAGGAUAUCCCUUUUGUUACGUUUUCUUUUUAUAAAUAAGAUUUCAAAUCACUUGUGAAUAAACCCCUAUUAAGUUGGA